UGUUUCUCAAUGUCCUGCUUCUUGAAAGGAUCCUUUUGACAUUUGUUGGGGCAUGUGACUGGAUACAACUCGCAAUGAAGAUAGUGGAUUUCAGUAACUUCUUUGAAUGUUGACUCGUAUUCGUGGCAGUAUUCACAGGAGUAAGGCCGCUCUAGACACUCCUGGUUCUGGUGGGAAGCGAUGUUGUGACGCUGGAACCUCUCCCCACACCCAUUCCCACACUUUAUCUCCAGAAACUGACACCCAGUUAGCUGGUUCUCUGGAGACGGAUUUUCGUUCAGGUGCUGUUCGUAUUCUCCAAGUUUCCCCCUCCAUUCACAGCCGUCCUUCUUGUGUGAGCACCACACCUCCUGGGCCUUCAGAUAUCUCUCCAGUCCGUAGU